CUGAAGCCUUUGCCUGGUUCUUACCGCCUGGCUUAGUUUAAAUAUUAUAACCUAUCGAUAGUUAAUACAAGUGCGUAAACGGCCCGUCUUGCUAUCGAUCAAAGAGAUAACAUGGUCUUGACUUGAGACACAAGAGCUGAGGAAGAUAUCGUCAAUUGAAAGGUUUUAUCCAAGUAGGGGCUGAGAGUUCUUGCUGAGGACAACAGAGCCAUGAUGCGCCUCUGAAGACAUCCUGAUCACAUGGGCUCCUAUCCUGUGCUGACCCAAUGGUUUAAUCACCAGGAGUAAAAAUGAGCAUAAGCAGUGAUGAAGUCAAUUUCCUGGUUUACAGAUACCUACAAGAGUCAGGCUUCUCCCACUCAGCAUUCACCUUUGGCAUAGAGAGUCACAUCAGCCAGUCCAACAUCAAUGGAGCCCUGGUGCCCCCUGCUGCCCUCAUCUCCAUCAUCCAGAAGGGUCUGCAGUAUGUGGAGGCUGAAGUCAGCAUCAAUGAGGACGGGACCUUAUUUGACGGGCGGCCCAUUGAGUCGCUAUCUCUGAUUGAUGCUGUGAUGCCAGACGUCGUCCAAACCAGGCAGCAGGCCUACAGGGACAAGCUGGCCCAGCAGCAGCAGCAGGCGGCGAGCAGUGGCAGCAGCACAGGGCCCCAGGGAAGUACCAAGAAUGGCGAGGGCGCUGCCAACGGGGAGGAAAACGGAUCCCACGCCUUAGCCAAUCACCACUCAGAGAUGAUGGAGGUGGACAGGGACGUGGAGAUCCCUCAGAGUAAAGCCAUGGUCUUGAGGGGCCACGAAUCCGAAGUUUUUAUCUGUGCCUGGAACCCAGUGAAUGACCUCCUCGCAUCCGGGUCUGGGGACUCAACAGCACGGAUCUGGAACCUGAGUGAAAACAGCACAGGCGGGUCCACACAGCUGGUUCUGAGGCACUGCAUACGAGAAGGGGGCCAGGACGUACCCAGCAACAAAGACGUCACCUCACUAGACUGGAAUAGCGAGGGAACAUUGUUAGCUACAGGCUCAUAUGACGGCUUCGCUAGAAUAUGGACAAAAGAUGGUAACCUGGCGAGUACUUUGGGUCAGCAUAAAGGUCCUAUAUUUGCACUUAAAUGGAACAAGAAAGGAAACUUCAUCCUUAGUGCUGGUGUCGACAAGACCACGAUUAUUUGGGACGCUCAUACAGGAGAGGCAAAACAACAAUUUCCUUUCCACUCCGCACCUGCUCUGGACGUAGACUGGCAGAGCAACAACACGUUUGCCUCCUGCAGCACAGACAUGUGCAUCCAUGUGUGUAAACUGGGUCAGGACAGACCUGUCAAAACCUUCCAGGGACACACGAAUGAGGUGAAUGCAAUCAAGUGGGAUCCCACUGGCAGCUUACUGGCUUCCUGUUCAGAUGACAUGACACUGAAGAUCUGGAGUAUGAAGCAGGACUCGUGUGUCCAUGACCUCCAGGCCCACAGUAAAGAAAUCUACACCAUCAAGUGGAGCCCAACAGGCCCCGGGACCAACAACCCCAGCGCCAACCUCAUGCUGGCCAGCGCAUCAUUUGACUCCACGGUGCGUCUGUGGGAUGUGGAGCGUGGGGUGUGUAUCCACACACUGACCCGCCACCAGGAGCCCGUGUACAGCGUGGCCUUCAGUCCGGACGGCAGGCACCUUGCCAGCGGCUCCUUCGACAAGUGUGUCCACAUCUGGAACACUCAGACGGGUGCUUUAGUCCACAGUUACAGAGGGACAGGAGGGAUCUUUGAGGUGUGCUGGAACGCAACAGGGGACAAAGUAGGAGCCAGUGCGUCAGAUGGAUCGGUUUGCGUAUUAGACCUGAGAAAAUGACACUCGUCUGGGGGAGCCAUGGACCGACUACGAAUGUGUACAUAGCCAAAAUGACUGACUGUCCCUGCCUGUCCGCCACACUGCUGUAGUCCCAUCAGAUGCCAUGGCCCGCCAUUACAGCCAAACGGAGCCCCCCCUCCCCCACCCCGUCAUAUAUGUACACACAAGGACCACACCUUUGCCACAGGCAGUUCUUAAGUCGUAUAUCAGGUCUGUAUGGACGCCUGCGGUGCUCUCACAGAUCUGCAGGUAGAAACAUUUCUCUGUCAUCACGCAGUACAAACUUGCCGGACCCGUCACAUGUAAACCAAAACACCAGGAUUCUUCUCGCUUUCCUCUUUUUAUCCUUUGUACCAGAAAGAUUUUUUUGUCUUCUGUUGGUGUGUGCAUAUUGCAUAUGUCAGCAUUUGGUGUCCUGUGGACAUUGUUGUUUUGACUUUGGAUUUUACUGAUAUCCGCGGGUUUUAUAUUCCAUGUGGGCUGGGAGA